AUGACAAUAUAUCAGUUUUUGCUACUGUUUCUACUCUGGGUAUGCCUGCCACAUUUCUGUUCUCCAGAGAUAAUGUUCAGAAGGACUUCUAUGCCCCAGAAAAGAAUUUUAGGUGCACGCGUACCUAGAAGUGAUGGCAAAAUUCUGCACCGUCAGAAGCGUGGUUGGAUGUGGAAUCAAUUUUUCUUACUGGAGGAAUAUACAGGAUCUGAUUAUCAAUACGUAGGCAAGCUUCAUUCAGACCAAGAUAAAGGAGAUGGAUCCCUCAAAUAUAUUUUAUCUGGAGAUGGAGCUGGUACUCUUUUCAUUAUUGAUGAAAAAACAGGUGACAUUCAUGCCACAAGAAGAAUUGAUAGGGAAGAAAAGGCCUUUUAUACUCUACGCGCACAAGCUAUUAACAGAAGAACUUUGAGGCCAGUAGAACCGGAGUCUGAGUUUGUGAUCAAAAUCCAUGAUAUCAAUGACAAUGAGCCAACAUUCCCAGAGGAAAUUUAUACAGCGAGUGUUCCCGAAAUGUCUGUUGUAGGUACUUCUGUGGUGCAAGUCACAGCUACAGAUGCCGAUGACCCUUCCUAUGGGAACAGCGCCAGAGUCAUUUACAGCAUACUUCAAGGGCAGCCAUAUUUCUCUGUGGAACCUGAAACAGGUAUCAUCAGGACUGCUUUACCAAACAUGAACAGAGAAAACAGGGAGCAAUAUCAAGUGGUAAUCCAGGCCAAAGACAUGGGUGGCCAGAUGGGAGGCUUAUCGGGGACCACCACGGUCAACAUCACGCUGACAGACGUCAAUGACAAUCCACCGCGCUUCCCCCAGAACACCAUCCAUCUUCGAGUUCUUGAAUCCUCCCCAGUUGGCACAUCCAUUGGAAGGGUAAAAGCAACUGAUGCUGAUACUGGGGAAAAUGCUGAAGUAGAAUACCGAAUUAUUGAUGGUGAUGGGACUGAUAUGUUUGACAUCAGAACUGAGAAGGACACACAGGAAGGCAUCAUCACUGUGAAAAAGCCACUUGACUAUGAGAGCCGAAGGCUUUACACUCUGAAGGUUGAAGCAGAAAAUACCCAUGUGGAUCCACGUUUUUAUUACCUAGGACCAUUUAAAGAUACGGCAAUUGUGAAAAUCUCUAUCGAAGAUGUGGACGAACCACCUGUUUUCAGCAGAUCCUCCUAUCUCUUUGAGGUUCAUGAAGAUAUUGAAGUGGGUACAAUCAUUGGUACUGUGAUGGCAAGGGACCCAGAUUCUACUUCUAGCCCCAUUAGAUUUUCCUUGGAUCGCCACACUGACCUCGACAGGAUCUUUAACAUACAUUCUGGAAAUGGAUCCCUUUAUACAUCAAAGCCACUUGACCGUGAACUAUCUCAGUGGCACAAUCUUACUGUUAUCGCUGCUGAAAUCAACAAUCCCAAAGAGAUGACUCGGGUGGCUGUUUUUGUGAGAAUUUUGGAUGUUAAUGACAAUGCCCCACAAUUUGCUGUGUUCUAUGACACUUUUGUAUGUGAAAAUGCCAGACCAGGACAGCUAAUACAGACUAUAAGUGCAGUAGACAAAGAUGAUCCUUUAGGUGGACAAAAAUUUUUCUUCAGUUUAGCAGCUGUCAAUCCAAACUUCACAGUACAAGACAAUGAAGAUAAUACUGCCAGAAUUUUAACCAGAAAAAAUGGCUUCAGUAGACAUGAAAUAAGCACCUAUCUCUUGCCUGUGGUGAUAUCGGACAACGAUUACCCUAUUCAGAGCAGCACUGGCACACUCACCAUCAGGGUGUGCGCAUGUGACAGCCAAGGCAACAUGCAGUCCUGCAGCGCUGAGGCCCUGCUCCUUCCCGCCGGCCUCAGCACAGGGGCCUUGGUCGCCAUUCUCCUCUGCAUCAUUAUUCUGCUGGUUAUAGUAGUACUGUUUGCAGCUCUGAAAAGACAGCGGAAAAAAGAGCCUCUGAUCUUAUCUAAAGAAGAUAUCAGAGACAACAUUGUGAGCUAUAACGAUGAAGGUGGCGGAGAGGAGGACACCCAGGCCUUUGAUAUCGGCACCCUGAGGAAUCCUGCAGCUAUUGAGGAAAAAAAGCUGCGGCGAGAUAUUAUUCCGGAAACUUUAUUUAUCCCACGGAGGACUCCGACAGCUCCGGAUAACACGGAUGUCCGGGAUUUCAUUAAUGAAAGGCUAAAAGAGCACGAUCUGGAUCCCACCGCACCGCCCUACGACUCACUUGCAACGUAUGCCUACGAAGGAAACGAUUCCAUCGCGGAAUCUCUGAGUUCUUUAGAAUCAGGUACCACUGACGGAGACCAAAACUACGAUUACCUCCGAGAAUGGGGGCCUCGGUUUAAUAAGCUGGCGGAAAUGUACGGUGGCGGGGAAAGUGACAAAGACUCUUAA